AUGUCGUUCGGAUUGUCUAACGCUCCAGCCACAUUUCAGAGCCUGAUGAAUGACCUCUUCCGCCCAUUUCUGAGAAAGUUUGUGCUAAUCUUUUUCGGUGACAUACUGAUCUACAGUAAGGGGCUCGAAGAUCAUCUGCGCCACCUACGAACCGUGUUGGAGCUGCUCAGAGACCACCAACUGGUGGUUAACAAAAAAAAGUGCCAAUUUGGAAGGGAGAGAAUAGGCUACUUAGGCCAUAUUGUCUCAAGGAAAGGUGUAGAGGCAGAUCCCCGGAAGAUAGAGGAUAUGCAAAAUUGGCCUGUACCACGCGAUUUGAGGGAUUUGAGGGGUUUCUUGGGGCUCACGGGUUAUUAUCGAAGGUUCGUUCGAGGGUAUGGGAAAAUUGCGGAACCAUUAACCAACCUACUGAAAAAGAACGCUUUCAAGUGGACUGAGCACGCACAAGCAGCAUUCGGAAAAACUCAAUGA